CUGGGCGACAUGCACGGGUUCACAACUAGACGAAAAUACCCGGACUUCCACCUCAUCCACGUGCUGCACGGCUUCUGGUGGCACUACGGGUCCUUGGUGCGGCCGGACCUCGAGGCGUACCCGGAGGACAUCUUCCGGAGUCUCUGCGAGCCCUGGCUUGACCCCUACGAGUACAACGAGCACGUCCACACGUCCAUGUUCAAGGAGUGCCGCCACGGGGUGGGUCAUGGCGUCUUCUACCCGCUCGCGGCGCGCCAGGACCCCUCUCUGGUCAGCGUGCGAAGGACGCGCCUCGAGGGCACGUUCCCCGUGAGCGACGCGACCUACUGCGAGGGGCUUAGGAUUUGCAACGGCGCGCCCAACGAGGCGGGGCAGACGGCGGUGUACGGGGCCAAUUCCAAGUACGGGCAACGCGUCGCGACGGCCAAGUCCUGCUGCUACGGGGGUCUCCGCCACUCCAUCAAGCUCUACUCGCCGCGCAUGCCGACGGACUGGAAUUGCCGGGGCCAGACGGACCCCGCGAUCCAGGCGGCGGUCAAGGCCAACAGGCCCAUUAAGAUUGUGUAAAUACUAUACC